GUACAUAGUGUUCUUUCACAUAUAGAUCAAAUUCUGUAUUUGUGUAGUACAAAGUGGACUAUACUGAUAUUAUUAAAACGUAUAUUCAAUUUGAGUGGACAUGUUUGUUCAAAUACAGUUUGUGAUAUUUGGCGAUUAAAUAAACUAUAAAGCUUUAGUUUUUCACUUAGCUAUGACGUGAGAUGGAGAAUUUCGGACCAGAUGUUCUGGAGUGUUUUCGCCUUUAUGGCCAGUACAAGGUCUGCCCGGAUAACACGUGUUUACACGAAAAUGACACCUGUCAUCUCUCCACGGAGGCUGUACAGACUGGAAGCGAAGCGGGAUACUCAAUGGCGGUCGUGGUAACGAUUUCAUCCUUAUGCGUGUUAUUCUGCAUCGCCGUGGCCGCCAUAUUUGUGGUCCUCUUCGCCAGAAGAACCGGACGUCACAAAUCCGAGGAGUCAAACUCAGCGACUGAACCAUUACGGAAGUGUUACAUUUCGGAAUCCUCGGACAGCCGAGAUGACAGCGACCGAUUUCCGGUACGGGCAAAAACUUACUACAGGAAGUGCGAAUCUUCAGAAGAAAUUACCAAUGGCUAUUUUAUCUACAAUCCAGCACCAGAGAAAAAUGACUUCUUUGCAACUGAGAAUGAAAAUCACCAGGCUUUCAGUGUGUUCAAACGCAACAGCGAUGACAAUGAUAUUCAAAAAGAAAAUCUUAUUGGUGAAAAUGCAGAAAUAAAUGACCCUGACCGCAAUGAACUAUCACCUGAACUUAUCGGUUUGGGGAAGUAUACUUUCAAACCAAGAUUAAAGUAUACAAACUGCAAUGAAAUACUAUUCACUGACAAGCAUGAGAAAGACAAAUUAUAUGUGAUUAACAGUUACAUACUGGCUGAAAAUAGUGUUCUUUUAUUGAAAUCAAAAUACGUCGGAAAUAAAUGUUGA